AUGACUCCAUCUCUCGUUUUCAUUACCGGGUCAACAGGCUUCAUCGGCUCCCACGUCGUCCUCCAAACCCUCGAAGCAGGCUACAAAGUUCGUCUGAGCGUGCGCAAGGAAUCCCAAAUCGAGGGUCUUAAAACUCUUUUCUCCAAGCAUGCUAACAAGGUCGACUUUGUCGUUAUUCCCGAUUUAUCUAUCUCUAGCGCAUUCGACAGUGCACUCAAAGAUGUCGAAUACGUACUUCACAUCGCCUCCCCAAUGCCUGGGACGGGCAUCGACUUCAAGAAAGAGUAUCUGAAUCCCGCAGUGCAAGGUACAACAUCGGUGUUGAAUGCCGCGAAGAAAGUCAGGACAAUCAAACGUGUCGUUAUUGUGUCAUCGAUACUCGCCUUGGUCCCGUUGGAUGCCUUGGUCACGGGAGUGAUGAACGCUAAAGAGGGGCUAAACCCUAGUCUUGCUGUGAAUCCCGACAUGGAGUUCCCCGAGGACCCCAUGGCAAGCGGAGGAAUGAAAUAUCACGCCUCGAAGCUCCUAGCUCAUCGAGCCACCCUCGAAUGGGUUGCGGAGAACAAACCUCACUUUUUAGUCGUCACCCUACAUCCCUCCUUCGUGUUCGGUCGCAACCUUAGCCAGACAUCCCCUGAUGGCGUUGAUGGUACUAAUGCCAUGCUCUGGGGCAGCCUUUACUCCGAAAAGCCAUUCAUCCCCGCGGCCGCCGUGGAUGUCAGGGACGUUGCGCUUGCGCAUGUACGCGCCUUAGGGGCGAAUCUGGAAGGAAAGAAUGGAGUUCAAGAAUUCAUCGUGAGCGCUAGUGAGAAAGAUGGGUGGUCGUGGACCAACGUAGCGAAAUUUGUACGAGAGAAGUAUCCUAACUUGGGUACAAAGCUGGAAGGCUCAUUUGAUGCGCCUCCUCCUAUUGAGGCGCGUCGCGCUGAGGAGAUUCUGGGCCUCAAGUGGAGGAAGAUGGAAGACACCAUCGCGUCUUUCCUGGAUCAUCAGCUGGAGUUGAGGGCUCAGCUUUAG